CUCGGCAGGAUAUGAAAUUUUAUUGAUAUUUAUCUUAUCCUUGUUAUGCGCUUUUAAAAUGUACAAUCCUUAUCGAUUACAAAAAUAAUUGAGAAUUAUUAGAUGCGAUUACAAAUUUUAUAUCUGCCAAAUUUCGUCAUAUAUACACAUAGUUAAAACUUUUGCGAAUCUAAUAAACAUGAUAAAAUCGUAACGAUGGAGGACAAAUCUUUGCGAGAUGCUUCAAUUAUGUACGAUAAGCAAUUCAAUGAAAAUAUGAAAAUAGCCAAAUAUUUCUUAAAGCAAUUACAUGACAAACAAGAGGUUCAACUAGCUACAAAAUGGCUUAGUCGUGUUAAUGAUAUCAAGUCAUCAUCCUUAGAAGUAAAAAGAGAUCGUAAUGCUUUUUUGUGUUAUCUGCUCAAGGUUUUGAGAGAAGCAAUUUUAAAACAUCGUUGCGAACACAAAUCUAGUACCAUUUUAAACUCUGAGAAUGCUUUAAACUUAUGUUAUAUUGCUAAUCAAGAUUCAAAACUAUCUAUGAAAGGACUAUCAACAUGUGCUCCACAAACUUCAAAUAUUUCUUAUCAUUCGAAAUGGUCGAAAAAUCAUCGUACAUAUGUCGCUGUUAAACCAUUACCCGGAAGAGGGGCAUUAAUAUACAUGGCUGUAUCUAAAAGACCAGGACUUGAAAAUUGGGAUUUAGGUAAUAUUAAUAAAUAUACGCAGUAAUUGACAAUGAUAUAUUUCUUUUUGAAUUUCAAUUGAAACACAACUAUCAAGAUUAUAAAUAAAAUAGAUCUUUAGAAAAUUCCUGUCUUUAUGUUUUGAGGUUUGGAUAUAUAAAGUUUUUUACAAAGACACUGUCAACGCAUUAUUUCUUUUUUUUUUAUUUUAUUUUAUUUUAUUUUUUUUUUUUUAUUUAAGUUUCAAUGAAGCUGUAUUUAUGGUAUCACAACAAUGCCCUUGUACGAGAUGCCCUCUCGGUAAUAUAACAUCGUUUUAAAUUUUCAACCUUUUCGAUCAAUCAUAUGAUAACCAUCGUGUUUCGUUUGUGAAAAAGAACGACAAUUUGAAUCAUAUCGAUCAUGGAAAAGACAAAUAUAUGUAUAUAAAUAUACAUUUUCACUGUUUCGUUAUACAUUUCUAAUAUGGACUGCUUAUACAUUCAUACAAAAUCGAGUGUAGAAAGAACAAACAACAUAAUACGUACGUAGCUUCGCUUUACAUGUUAAAUUAUUAUACUUAGGCAAUUUGUAGUUCGACUGGAAACGAUUAUUUUAUUUUUGUCACUCUUUGAUAAUAAUGUAAUUUAAUAAUGGAUUACGUAAUAAUGAUUAUAAGGGCGUGCUCGAAUUUUGAUAUUUCGAUUAAAAAGAUUUCUCAAAAUAACGUGUAUAACGCAUAACAAAUCACAUAGCAGCCCAAUAAAUAGAAUUAUAAAUUUAACGGAGUUCUCUUUUGUUAUUAUGGUAAGAAAAAGAUAGAAAACCAGAGUAAAGAAAAAUAGAUAUUGAGAGAAAGAUAAAUGAAGAAAGGUAAAUGAGAAAAAGAAACGGGAAAUUGCAAAUAGGAGGUAGAAAAAAUAAACCGAGCAGUCGACCAUAAAGGGCUGAUUUGAAAAAAAAUGUUUGAUCUGUAUAGUUGAGACAAUUGUACAGUUCGAUGCUUCGUCUUACGCUGCAAGAGGGCACAGUUUAAGUAGGAUGCAUUGUACCAUACAAACUGUCACUUACAUUAUUACUAUUCAACAAUUCAAAAUACUUAUAAUAAUACACACAACCUUGAAUAAUCUCAACAGCUGCUGGCCUUUAGCCUGAAUUAACUUAUCGCGUAAAUCGUGGAUAGAAAAGUAAAUUUUCGCUACUACUAUUUUGCAUAUACCGUCACGCACGGUGAUAUGUCAUCAUGUGCUUCGCUGAAAUAAGUUAGUAUUCAAUCGAUCAAAGCUUCAUAACGCUGUGGUUUCUUUAAUGAUUCGUAUAUAAAAUAUGCCAGGGCACUCAUAGUCAUCAGUCACUAAAAUCAGAACAAAGUGAAUACACCGUAGAGUGUGUUGCACUUUUCCAUCACUAUUACUUUUAUACAUAUUAUUUUCUUUCUGUACUUCGCAUUUACAUAUCCAUCACAUAAUUUUCAUGAUUUUUAAUUUCCCUUAUUAUUCAUUAUAAUAUUAUGUUCUAUAUAAAAAUAAUA